AUGGCUGAGUGCUGUAUCGUAGCGUGGCGCUUGUCCAAAUCUGCGCAACCGGAGCUGGACCGCAGGAGCACCGCUUCGACAGCGGCUCGUGCGGCGGCUCAACUGGGCACAUUCGCUGUCUGUCUCGCCUUUUUUCCGCCGUCCCGCGGGCAAAAAGCAGCGCCACCUCAGUCCGGCACGCGUCAGUCGACCGAAUUUGGCCCUUGGCCCUUGAAAUUGGGAAUUGGAAUUGGAAUUGCAAAUGCAAAUUGGCGUCGCGUCUCGAUGCGCGAGAGACAGAGUGGCCAGGUGCCCGUCGAGGUCCAGAAUGAGACCAACGCUCUGCAGCUGGAUCGGAGUCUAGAUCUCGACAAGAAGAAUGGGCUCGCCUCGCUCCGCUCGCUCCAACUCUCCCAACGGAACGGCGUCAACGCCGGCUGCUCGUACGCUCACUUGUAUGCGCCCACCCUGGUCGUCAUCCUCGCCCACAGACCUGUGCGCCCCACCAGACAACGAUCUGGGCAUCAUGAAGUGGCGGAAGGGGGAGCUCAUUUUCGCAUCCUCGACAUCACCACCCAAGACGUUAUCUUGCCUAUCAAAGGCUGCUACGCACCAGUGCAUUCGCAAGCCGUCCUUAUCUGCAGGAAUGCCAGCUCGAGAACUCGAUAUCAUGCGUUCGUCGAACUUGGUCACUCGCUUCUCGUCCGGUCACAUGCUCAACACGCGUUCUUCGCGUGCGUCUCGGCUGACGCCAGGAGGUACUCGAGAUUUGGGCUCCCCGUGCCUCUCGGCUCUGCGCCCACUUCUUCUCGACAACGGGCGGACAUUGACAUUGUCUCUUUCCGCAACCGAAUCGAAGGAGGGCCCUUCGGUAUUUCCGCUGGACGACUGCUACCCCAGAUCGCGUGGCGUUUUCUUGCAUCUCCCCGCGUCGCGACCCGCUCCACACCGCUCUCCGCUAAAGCCAUCACAUCCUACGACCUGGCCGAAAGCACCUCAGUGACACCACGUGCACGCGCACUGCCUCCGCACCGAUCCAGAUCGAGCGCGCUCCUCGUCAGGAACGAGCGACUUACUCCAGAAGAUCCAGAGCUCGCCGGUGAGGUCGAGCGCAAGCUGCACUCGGCUGUGACUGACAGCAGUAGCGACGACGCACGCAAAAUUCCCGGAAUUUGGCUGUUAGUUUGGACCCAGGCAGAUUUCUCGUUGCGAGCAGAACCAGAAGGACUCGCGCCCGCGCACCACCUCCCGUCUUGUCUCCUCACCAUCAAGAUCCCCCUCCAUCUCGACCGUCACUUCAUCACGAUGCCUGCUGCUGCCAAGCCCCAGACCACCAAGGCCACUGCCGCCAAGAAGGCUGCCCUUAAGGGCACCCAGGGCACCAAGACCCGCAAGGUGCGCACCGACACCACCUUCCGUCGCCCCAAGACCCUCGACCUUGCCAAGGCGCCCAAGUACCCCCGCAAGGCCGUCCCCCACGCCCCUCGCAUGGAUGCCUUCCGCACCAUCCUCUACCCUCUCAACACCGAGUCGGCCAUGAAGAAGAUCGAGGAGAACAACACGCUCGUCUUCAUCGUUGACCGUGCUGCCAACAAGCGCCAGAUCGAGGGUGCUCUCAAGAAGCUCUACGACGUCUCGGCCGCCAAGAUCAACACGCUCAUCCGCCCCGAUGGCAAGAAGAAGGCCUUCGUCCGUCUCUCCCCCGACCAGGACGCCCUUGACGUCUCCAACCGCAUUGGCUUCAUCUAA